UCAUAGUUCGGAGAUUACGGUAGAGAGCGCGAGAAUGGAGUUUCCGAACGCGCAUCCGGGCUCCGUCACGUGAGCGAGGCGCCGCUUCCCUCUCCUCGCGAGCGACCCAAAGAGAGAGAGACGGGGAGAGAAAGAGAAAGGGUGAGGAGCUGUGGAGCUGAGUGUGGGCGAUGGCGGUGGCCGUGGACAUCAAACUGAAGCGCGCAAACAAGGUCUACCACGAUGGGGAGACGGUGUCGGGGCUCGUGGUAAUCCAGGGCAGAGACACCAUCCAGCACCAGGGCAUCUCCCUCGCGCUCGAGGGCACUGUCACGCUGCAGCUCAGCUCCAAGAGCGUGGGCGUCUUCGAGGCGUUCUACAACUCCGCCAAGCCCGUGCAGCUCGUCAGCAGUUCUGUGGAGGUAGCGAAGCCGGGGAAACUGCCAUCGGGGCGCACGGAGAUCCCCUUCCAGUUCUGUCUGAGAGCCAGCGGCAGCAGCAAGGUCCUGUACGAGACCUACCACGGGGUCUACGUCAACAUCCAGUACACUUUGCGCUGUGAGAUGAAGCGAUCGCUGCUCAACAAGGACGUCCACAAAACCUGCGAGUUCAUCGUUCACACUCCGGCUCAGCCGGAGCCCACGCUGGACACGAUCGUCAAGUUCGCCAUCACCCCCGCAUCCCUGCAGAAGCUCAAAGUGAAGAGUUCCCUGCCCAACUUCCUGAUCAAGGGCUGCCUGAACACCACCAACUGCGAGGUGACGCGGCCGCUGUGCGGGGAACUGCUGGUGGAGCACUGCGACCUCCCCCUCAAGAGCAUCGACGUGCAGCUGGUGCGCGUGGAGACCUGCGGCUGUGCCGAGGGCUACGCGCGCGACGCCACCGAGAUCCAGAACCUGCAGAUCGCCGAGGGGGACGUGUGCCGGGGAGUCGCCAUCCCCAUCCACAUGGUCUUCCCGCGCCUCUUCACCUGCCCCACGCUGCAGACCACCAACUUUAAAAUCGAGUUUGAAGUGAACAUCGUCAUCAUCCUGCAAGAUGACCACCUCAUCACAGAGAACUUCCCGCUCAAGCUGUCUCGGCACUUGGUGUGAUGAGCCCCACUCCUCCGCCUCCCCCUCUUCAACGGAUUGUUCACUCUCACCCCUCCACGCUGGACAUCAGCCGCUACUCGCUUGCAAUCACUCACCGACCCUUACUCAUAUUUAGCGCCGCUUCAUUCUCACGAGGAGUCAUCGGCACAGUGUAGCCCUCAAACUCUGCCGCCACGAUCGUAGCCCAAGCUUGCCAAGAGAACGGCGCUCCCAGCAAAGCAGGCGUCCUGUUAGGCCAGGGCUUCGCUCAACACCGUGAGACCGAAUCACAUUCCACUUGUGUGCAUUCGCAACGUGAUGACGAUUGCGACUGCCCUUGCUACGGGCACCGGCCUUAACACAUGCGUGCGGGCGCUUCCUAGUGAACUCGUGGACACUCGGCCAUCUGUCCCGCUCUCUUCUUCCGCUUCUCCAUUCUCUCCAUCUCCAUUCCCGAGUUUCGUUUCUGUCAUCACUCGUCAGUUCUCAUGAUGUGUCCUGCCCAUUUCCACUGUUAUUCCCUUUGCUCUCACAGCAGUAUCGGCGACCCCUGCUCUUUUCCAUAUUUCUUAAAUUCCUUAACCUGUCACCUUCAACUUUGUGCAGAAACGAGUCUUUAACAGCCUCACGUGGCUCGGCUUAGGCUUGAGCCACUCAGUUGCUUUCAAUUUUGCAAUGAGCGGCUCAGCCAUGGCUUGGCUCAGGCUCGGCUCAUGGGAAUCCUGAUCUAGGAUCUUGCUGAGCUGAGACAGAGAAUAUGGGCCUCAAGUGUUUUUGUGUGAUCAUUCACAUUCUGAUGGUGUUCUGUCGACAGCCACAUUCUAAUUCACUUGUCACACAACUACAAUACCCUUAUCAUACUACAGAUGUUUCAAUAGAACACGCUCAGUGCAGACGGCUCCCGUGUGUAUGAGGAAGGUUCUCACAAAGGUCUCAAUCUGAUGUCGCCUGCACAUUUCACAACGCGAUUCCAGGUGCUCAGGGACCCAAGUGCGAGCAGCAGAGCUCAGUUCAUGAACAUACUCAAGUCGACCCCGAGUUUCUCGUCCUGUUAACAUUGCGGGCAGACCAAGAGAGUCUUCUUUCGUAUUGCUGAUGUAGAUGCAGAGCAACAACUACAAUUACGCAUUCAGGUGGUCAAGCCAAGUAACCGCAUCAGGAGUAGUGGAGCAUAUCGCUGUGAUGUCAUGGAGAGUCAUCCCUUCUCACUCCCUCGACGUGUUCAGUUUGAUGAUUGUCAUCGUCGGUGUAACCCGAAUGCUUGUCCAUCCCACAAUCAUUGAAAUCUGUCACAACCAAUGCUGGGCCAUCGCAUCAUUUAUUGGCUAAAACCAAACUUACCGGUAUUGCUCUGGGAAUUGCCAUCACGGAUAUAUACUGAAAUUCACACAAAAUCCUGUGGCCUGCAAGUACUGACCUCGCAGAUCUAGUGAUGAUUCCUGUGACCACUUACUUAUACGUCACUGAGAAUAAAAUUAGAAAUUAUUAUAAA